UGGUGGCGGAGGCAUGGCGCACAAAGCCAAAGAUAGAGUAACAAAUCAGGAAUUUCCCUUCUGCCACUCCUGAGAGCGCAAGAGAAGGACGAAAGUUACGGGUUAGGUGCUUCUCCUCAGGAGGGUGAAGUCAAAGCUAUCCUUUGGACUAUUUUUAUUUUAUUUUUCACUAUUCUAAAGUUUAACAGUAGUCUAAACGACCUUCAAGACAAGUUGAUGGGGCUUUUUCUUCAUCUAGGGAAUGUCUUUUGUUUUAUGAGUCAGGAGUCCGUUAGACUACGUUUUGGCAUUUUGCAGAACUAUUAUGGAAUAAACUACGCAACGAAGUGGCACCAAGAGAACCAGCUGACUUGAACAUUUGGACUUUUGUUCUGUUUUAUUGAAACUAUCCUGGGGAUUGCGGAGUUUCUCGGCGGCGUCGGUGCUGGGACACCUAAUUUCCGAGGAUUUCAAGGGUUUUUCAUUAAGCAUAGACUGUGACCACAUCUGGAUUAUGAAAGAAACAGACGUGAAAAAAGGAAGAGUGAAACAUCGCCAUUAGAAAAAAAAAACAAAGUUGGAGAAAGGGGAAAUGUGGAACAAGAGUGGCGUCUACAUUAGGAUGUUGCUGCUCUUACAAUGGAAGUGAAGAACUGUUUUACUGCCGCUGCGCUGCUUUGUCUUUUCUUUUGCUCCGUUUUCAGCCAAGAACUCAACGUUAAAGGCAGGAAUGUGUGCAAAGCACCCGGGUCAUCGAGAUUGGUUUGCUGCAGUGGAUGGGGGCAGCUAGGAGAUGAAUGCCUGACACCCGUCUGUGAAGGCAACUUCACCUGCAAGGAAAAUGAGGUGUGUGUCAGGCCAAAUGAAUGUCGCUGCCGACAUGGAUACUUUGGAGCCAGCUGUGACACAAAGUGCCCUGCCCAGUUCUGGGGCCCUGACUGCAAGGGAAGAUGCAACUGUUAUCCUAAUGGCCAGUGUGACGAUUUGACCGGCAAGUGCACCUGCAACCACAACCGUUGGGGACCCAACUGCGAGAAUGCUUGUCAGUGCCAAAAGGGCAACUGUGACCAAGACACAGGAAAAUGUACCUGUCACGCUGGGUGGUGGGGCCCACACUGCCAUAACAUGUGCUACUGCAGCAUAAAUUCUGUCUGCGACGUGAAUACGGGGCGAUGUCUGUGCCAUCCUGGCUGGACGGGGAGGAACUGUGCAAACCAGUGCAACUGCAACGGCUCGCCGUGCGAGCAGUACACGACACGCUGCCAGUGCAAAGACAGGAUGUGGGGUCCUCGAUGUGAUCGAGUGUGCCAAUGCAUCCACGGCAAGUGCAACAAGGCUGACGGCUCAUGCACCUGCACUCCAGGAUACCGUGGGAAGUUUUGCAGGGAACCUUGUCCUGCUGGGUUUUAUGGCCAAAACUGCAGAAACAGGUGUGGACACUGCAAGGGUCAGCAGCCCUGCAAGGUGACCGAGGGCCGGUGCAUCACCUGUGACAGAGGCUGGAACGGGACACGGUGUGAUCAGCUCUGCUCCAAGGGCUUCUUUGGGGAAGACUGUCAGGAAGUGUGUCCCUCUUGUAAGGACGGUCACCACUGUGACCCCAUUCAUGGCAAAUGUUCUCACUGUAAUCCUGGCUGGAUUGGCGACAGGUGUGAGGUACGCUGCCCCAACGGCACAUACGGCGAGAACUGUGAGAACAACUGCAGUCAGUGUUUUAAUGGCAUCUGUCAUGUUGUCACCGGAGAGUGCCUUUGUGACCCAGGCUUUUAUGGCAUCUACUGCAAUAAAACCUGCCAGCCUGGCCAGUAUGGAGUCAACUGCAACCAAACCUGCUCCUGCAAUGACAAGAACUGUGACCCUGUGUCUGGUGCCUGUCAUCUCCAGCCCAACCAGCGGAUGGGUGUGAUCGCAGCUGGAUCCUUGGUCUCCUUUUUACUGAUUGCCCUACUUUCUCUACUGUGCUGCUGCUGCCUCUGUCAAGACAAAGACGACCACAACAAAAAAGCCAAGCGGAUUUUGUGCGGACGAUUCAGCCGAAUCAGCACUAAACUUCCCCGUAUUCCAUUGAGGCGACAGAAACUGCCCAAAGUAGUCGUAGCACACCACGACCCAGAGAACACCUUUAACUGCAGCUUCAUUGAGCCGCCCUCAGUGGCCGAGCAGCCCUCCCGCUCCUCAUGGUCCUCCCAGGAGUCCUUCUCUUCCUUUGAGAGCGGAGAUGAAGGGCCUGUUUAUUGUGUUCCACAUGAAGGUUGGUCAUCACAUAAGCAAAUAAACAGUUGGUUAUCUGGAAUGACCAUGUCAAAUUUACAGAUUGUCUUUGAGUGCCCUGCCCAGUUCUGGGGCCCUGACUGCAAGGGAAGAUGCAACUGUUAUCCUAAUGGCCAGUGUGACGAUUUGACCGGCAAGUGCACCUGCAACCACAACCGUUGGGGACCCAACUGCGAGAAUGCUUGUCAGUGCCAAAAGGGCAACUGUGACCAAGACACAGGAAAAUGUACCUGUCACGCUGGGUGGUGGGGCCCACACUGCCAUAACAUGUGCUACUGCAGCAUAAAUUCUGUCUGCGACGUGAAUACGGGGCGAUGUCUGUGCCAUCCUGGCUGGACGGGGAGGAACUGUGCAAACCAGUGCAACUGCAACGGCUCGCCGUGCGAGCAGUACACGACACGCUGCCAGUGCAAAGACAGGAUGUGGGGUCCUCGAUGUGAUCGAGUGUGCCAAUGCAUCCACGGCAAGUGCAACAAGGCUGACGGCUCAUGCACCUGCACUCCAGGAUACCGUGGGAAGUUUUGCAGGGAACCUUGUCCUGCUGGGUUUUAUGGCCAAAACUGCAGAAACAGGUGUGGACACUGCAAGGGUCAGCAGCCCUGCAAGGUGACCGAGGGCCGGUGCAUCACCUGUGACAGAGGCUGGAACGGGACACGGUGUGAUCAGCUCUGCUCCAAGGGCUUCUUUGGGGAAGACUGUCAGGAAGUGUGUCCCUCUUGUAAGGACGGUCACCACUGUGACCCCAUUCAUGGCAAAUGUUCUCACUGUAAUCCUGGCUGGAUUGGCGACAGGUGUGAGGUACGCUGCCCCAACGGCACAUACGGCGAGAACUGUGAGAACAACUGCAGUCAGUGUUUUAAUGGCAUCUGUCAUGUUGUCACCGGAGAGUGCCUUUGUGACCCAGGCUUUUAUGGCAUCUACUGCAAUAAAACCUGCCAGCCUGGCCAGUAUGGAGUCAACUGCAACCAAACCUGCUCCUGCAAUGACAAGAACUGUGACCCUGUGUCUGGUGCCUGUCAUCUCCAGCCCAACCAGCGGAUGGGUGUGAUCGCAGCUGGAUCCUUGGUCUCCUUUUUACUGAUUGCCCUACUUUCUCUACUGUGCUGCUGCUGCCUCUGUCAAGACAAAGACGACCACAACAAAAAAGCCAAGCGGAUUUUGUGCGGACGAUUCAGCCGAAUCAGCACUAAACUUCCCCGUAUUCCAUUGAGGCGACAGAAACUGCCCAAAGUAGUCGUAGCACACCACGACCCAGAGAACACCUUUAACUGCAGCUUCAUUGAGCCGCCCUCAGUGGCCGAGCAGCCCUCCCGCUCCUCAUGGUCCUCCCAGGAGUCCUUCUCUUCCUUUGAGAGCGGAGAUGAAGGGCCUGUUUAUUGUGUUCCACAUGAAGAAUCCAUGAGUGACAGCAAAGGGAAGCAGAGCCCGAACCCUGUGGAUGAAAACUCAGAGGAUGACACAUACAAGGAGGAUGCAGGGGAGUACACUUCACUAAAAGACAUGAGUGUCACCAAAGUGGAGAGCAACGAGCAAUCUAUACUCAAGUGCUCUGACAGUGAGAUUUCAAAUAAUGGGUCUGAGUCUGCUGCCCAAUACGCCUGCAUUGCUCGCCUCUCCAAGCAGUCAAAGGAGGAUGAUUGCAGUGGCAAAGAUGGUGAUGGUAACCUUACAUCAGAAGUCAAGGGCAAUGGGAAACCUCCCCCUUCACCUGGCAAGCCCAAACCACGGCCACCAGAUCCAUCUACUAAACCCAAAGUGUCAUGGAUUCAUGGAAAUGCAACAGGGUCUCAACAACCAGAGCAACAAGGGGGGAAUAGGGUACUUGCAGUGUCAAAGGAGAAAAAGAGGAGCUCUAGCGAUGGUUCAUCAAAGAAUGAAGAGCGUCAUAAAACAAAAGAAAAGAGUCGGAGCCAACAGAAGAAACAGGAUGAAAAUGAUACUAAUGCAAAUGGAUCACCUAGCAAACACAAACUGCUACAAGCUAAAAAGUCUGGAGAUGAGCACAGCAGUCCAAGUCACAUGGAGCACAUCAACGGUGUUGUCCAAAAUGCCCUAAAAAUGAUAAGCAGUUUCCGUAGCUCAUCGCCUGAGAAGAGGAUUGUUGAAAAUCCAAAGCAGAGUCCUAAAGAGCCACCAAAGAGCCCGAAGGUCAUCCAUCCUCACAUGAAUUCUGAAGCGGCCACCUUACUGGCUGCACAGCUCAAGGAGAAAACUCAGAGCAUCAACAGGAAUGAGGGGACUGGACUGACAAAGACCAAUGGUCUCUCCCUACCAAAAAAUAACCAGGAGAAGCCCACACCUCCACAGAAAGCCAAGAGAACCAACUCCAGUGGACUAAGUCAGCAAGGCUCCACUAAACCUCUGCUGCCUACCACAAGCAACCUUCAGAAAAUGGUGGCACCCAUCACCAACAACUUUGGGUCCCCCGAAGCCAAGAGCCCGGAGAAGCAGGACUUGAACGGCUCCAGGACGGGGGACCUGCUGGACCCUACACCGAAGAAGACUCCCAUAAAAAAGCCACCUAGGAAGAAAGGCAAAGGUGGUACCCUUGAUACACCUGAAAGUAAAACACCCCAGCAAAAAACAGCCAUUAUGCCACCACAGGUAGUGAAGUAAGUGUUUGGAAAAAUUCUGAGCAGUUGCCAAUUAUUUUCCACAAGACUGAACUGUUUGUUUGAAGCUAGCAGCAACAUAGCGUUUUAAUCAAUGAACAGUUUGAGGGCAGUGCCUCCUGGGACAACCUCUUUGAAAUAAAAGGCACAAUAGAAUUACACAAGGAGGGUGUUUUAUAAUAACCGUGGCACCAUUGUUGAAUAUCAAGUGUAUGUAUUCAAGUCGCAACACAACCUUGUCUAGAGCUGAACACAACACAGUAAACAGGGACAUUAUCUGAAAGUUCAUUCAUCUCAGCUGCUGGGCCGUGAGCCCACAUUUAUAUUUAUCUACUGCAUGUAAAAUGAGUAUUGAUUACAUCAACAUUUUUUUUUGUAGAUUCACUUCUAAUGAGGCUUUUGAUAUGAAAUGCAUUGUCUGUAACAACUAAUGUGAUCCACACAAAUCAGUCGAUGCAUCAAGUGUAAUGAAGUAGAAUGACACAGGGAAUAGGUUUUAUAUGUGCUUACUGAAACGUCUUCAAGAGUAUUUCAAGAUGUCUCCUGUAUGGAAAAAGUAUUCAUGUGCAUUGCUCAAAUUUAACUUUGACCUGUGCAUCCACAUAAACUGUUGUCAGUAGGGGGUAAAUUUUGAAACAGAUUCUUAUCAGGCGACUGACCAGGUCAUUCCAGCAAUUUUACUUCCUGUCUUGGAAACAGAUAGUUUCAUUGACUGUGUGUUUAAGAUCAUCAUUGUCUUGUUAAAACAAUCAGCCCUGUUUCAUCUUCAGAUUCUUAUCAAUAUUGUUCUGGUACAUUUUUCUAUUCACUCUUUCAUUGGUUAUGUGGAAUUUACCAGUACCAUUGCUGUGGCAGAGCCCUACACCAUGAUGCCAUCACUCCCAAACAGAAAGCUUCGUGGUGCAGUGCUACAUCGGGGCUAAUUGUUUGCAUUGUGCUUCGGGGGUGAUAUGCAGUGCCAUUAGUGCUCCAGACGUGGAGUGUGCAAUGACAUUAAAAUAAUUCCUUUCGGUCUCAUUUGACCAGACUACACUCUCCCAAUAUUUGAUUGGCUUGUCCAAAUGUUCUGCAGGAAACAAGCAUCAAUAUGCUUUUUCCUUUGCAAUGACAUUUUGCAAAGUGAGUGUGCAUUGAGGCCAGAUAGGAUGAGUGCAUUACUUCAUAAAAAGGAACGUACCUGCUAAUUUCAGGUACAUUUCUUUCUGAAGUUUUCUGCGACUAAUUGUUGGCUCUUGGAGAACUUUGCUGAUUAUUCUUUUGACUCCUCUAUCAGAAAUCUUGCAAUGGCUGGUUUAUGGUGACAUGUUCUUUCUGAUUUUGAAUGAUGAUCCCAAUGGCUCUAACUGAGACAUUACAAAAAAAUAAGAAUCAUGUAUGUGACUAAUUCUCUGAGAAUUAGGAUCUGAAGGUCCUGAGAGAGCUUCUUCUAAUUAUGACAUGCUUCUUCUAUGAUACCUUGAUAAUAAGAAAACCUUUUAAAGGCCAUUAACUAGGACUAAGCCAACCAAAGUUAACUGGCACCGAUGAGGGCAGGGUUAAUUGCUACAAACAGACUUCAGCUAUUUUCUUGGUUUUCUAUGCCUUUGUGCGGCUUUUAUGUUCUUAUAUUUGAAGUUUUUAUUACACACACUUUUAUUUUUAGAUUUAUUUCCUUGUAAGACUUAGUAGUUUGUUUGUCUAUACGUAUAAUACUUAGGUUGUUGCUGAGUUGAUGUGAAUUUCAUGUCAAUAGCCCCAUCACAGAUACAUUUACUGAGAAAAGUGUUGACACGUUCAAAACUUAUUUCAUGGCUUUAAGUUGUACAGUUGGAAUUUAAAAGAACAAGGGCCAGAAAAAUAGCUAUUAGCAUGUAAUGCACAGACAGUGACCGUGAGUAAUUGGUGCUCUGAUGACUAGAAGCUAACAUUUUUCUAUUCUAACUUGCUUAGAGCAACAUGCAGCUGUACAGCUCUAUACCAAAGCUUUUCCAGAUCAUUCCAGCCUUAAGGAGUUUUCAGAUGAAUGUCUACUCUAGGUAUAAUGUUUUAAAUUUUGAAUUAGUCUAAUGAAUCUGAGUAUUUCUAUGACCAUCUUUAUUAAAAAAACACACACACACACACAAAACUUUGAUCACCCAUCUCUCAGAGUUCACAAAUGCAAAUAAGAACAUUUUAAUUCUUCAUUAUUAAAUUCAUCCUUAUUGAGCUUUUUUUCCCACUUGAAGCUUAAUCAGAAUCACUUGGCCAGCACUGUCAGAUGUCAUUUGUUGAUUCAUAUGAAAGGGUCUUGCUGAGAUUAAAGAUAAUGUCCUUUUGCUGUAUUUGAACCACUUAGCUAAAAAAGAGAACCAAAACAAUGUAACGUUCUUUAGUUUCUGUUUGUUCAACGUUCUGUAACUAGAUUCUUUGAUCCCUCAGGAAAUCAGGUCACUGUCAAAUUCUUAUUUUGAGUAGAUGUCAGUACGAUAAAUUUUGUGACAAAAAUAGCUUUCCGAGAAUGAAAUAAUGCCAGCAGAUUUAUGCUAAAUUUAGAAGGAUGUUUGAAUGUUCUUGCUUUUGGCAAAAACAGAGACUUAAAUGGUACUUUAUCUUGUGUGUAAAACCAAAGUCAUGUCUGCCAAAGGAUUUUGCCACUGUUUACUCCAAGUGCGGACCCCAUAAUUUCACAUCCAUGAAAGUAUUGUUGUGGAAUACUAACAAUAAAGUUUUCAGGUAGGGAAAAAAAGCUAAUUUAUAGCAGCUUUUACAACUUGAACUACAUGAAUAAUUAGUGGCAUAGGAAGUGAUGAUGAUCUGCUUUAGGCAUGUUUUUUGAGAUGAAGAAUAUUACAUUAGCAAAAUGUUUCUAUCUUUUUUUUCGUCAAGGUACAAGCCAUUACUUUAUUGUUUUCAACAUUUUACUUGUAUACAUUGUGUACUUUUUUUAUUAUCUUUGUAAGCUGUGCUUAUAUGACCGUGUGGGUUCCUCUGUUUUCUUUGGUGUCAAUGAACUGGCUUUCAUAUUGUAUUAGCUUUUUUCGGUUUUGCUGUGUUGCUUAUUUUUGGCUCUUAAUCAAAUCUGCAGAAAGAGUACGUUCCUUCUCUAAAGUUUACAUUGGCUUUGUAAUUGUUCUCUGUUGAUGUUAUUGUUUGUGUAACACUUAACUGCAUGACGCAGAGUGUAAUUAUAUGGCAUUAUAGCUGCAGAGGAAAUGUGUAACCUUUCUGCUCCCUCCAUUUGUUGUUGCAGCCUCCCGUAAGCAAAUCUUAUACAAAAGAGUAUUGUACAAUACUACCAUAAUACCACUGUUGUAACAAGUGCAUAUGCUUAAAACCAUAAUACUAUGUAACUAUUAAGUUGCAGUCAUUUGCCUGACUGGCCUUUGCCUGGUUUCAUUGCCUUACAAUGCAUUUUUGUAAAGAAGGGCCUAAAGAAACUGCAAAACCGUCACCAGCUGUAAGAUGUAUUUUGUUUUAGUUGUGAUGUUUGUUUGUUUUACUGCAACUUUGAUUGCCUUUUAGUGUAUGGCUGUUAAACUCUGUGUGUUCAUUUAGUUCUUUUGAAUAAAAAAAAGCAAUAUGUGUAGCCAAAGUGGA